AAUGAAGCUCUCUCAAUAGAUCGAAACUUCUUCAGAACUCUUCUUCUCCUUUUCGACCUUUCUACCUUCCCGCCAACAGCGAGUGUAGAAUCUUCUCCCCCAAAGACCUCUCAGAUGAAUAUUCCGACGCGAAGAUCACCGGGUAAAAUAACGGAAGCUCCUCGCUCCGUCGGAGGACGAAGACAAAGGAAACCGCUUGCCGAUUGUACCAACAUCGUCUCCAGAUCUUCUCGACAACAGCCAUCUUCUUCACUCAAAUUCGCGAAUCCUAGUCUCACUUCAUCUCUCAAGAGGUUAGUAGAUCAAACUACGCUCAAGGAGAAACCCAAAGAUGUUGUUAUUAAUUCAGAGACUGCUUCCGAGAAAGCUUCUCCGUCUCCUGCCACGAACGUUAGACCCGUCACUCGCCGUAUGUCUGCAGAUCUGGGUUCUCCGGCCUCUGCUCCUUCUCGUCCCCAAUUAUCGCGCUCUGACUUGGGCGUUAGUGACACGGAGUUUGCUGAGCCUUGGUCUGUUUACACGGUGAGAAGGAAGAGGAAUAAAGACGCAUCUUCUUCUCCCUCUAGUGCAGCGGCUCGCAUGCGUCUGGACUUGACAUCAAGCGCUGGGAAGAAAACAUGUCAAGCAGAUGUAAACAAAACGAAGCCCUUGAAAAUGGCUCCCAAAAAGGUGAAUUCAGGAAAGCUCUAC